AUGUCUAGCAAACACGACGAGCACUUAAGGCGUAUAUCAAACCUAAAAACUGAAAGGAGAGAAGAUAAAAAAUGCAUUCAACCGCUCCAAGAUAGCCUGGAAAACUUAGAACGAAAAUCACGGGCGUGCGGCAUAGAAAUUAGAAAUGUACCUAAAACGAGCGGCGAAAUAAAAGAAAUCCUUAACAGUUUGGUAGUGAAGAUAGGAAAACCUCUAGACGUCAAUAUUGAUAGAUCAAGCAUUAAGGACGUAUAUGGAAUCAACUCUAAAGAUAACUCAAACCCGAUAGUUAUUGAAUAUGAGACAGUAGUUUGUAAAAACUUCAUUGAGGGAGUCAAGGGCUUUAAUAAAAAUAAGAAAAAAACGAGAAAUUGA